AUGGCCAAGAUCAAGCGAAGAGGCGAGUCCGGCGCGGCCAAAAACUACGUGACAAGAAAUCAGGCUUUGAAAAAGCUGCAAAUCUCCUUGUCCGACUUUAGGCGUCUCUGUAUCUUGAAGGGUAUCUACCCCCGUGAACCCCUCAACAAGAAACGUGCCAACAAGGGUUCAUCCGCCCCCGCCUCGUUCUACUACCACAAGGACAUCCAGUACCUCCUCCACGAGCCUCUUCUCGUCAAGUUUAGAGAGCACAAGGCUUUCGCGAAGAAGCUUGCUAGGGCUGUCGGCAGGCAGGAGUGGGGUUUGGCGAAGAACUUGGAAGAUGCCAAGCCUGUUGCCCGAUUGGACCACUUGGUCAAGGAGAGAUAUCCCACCUUCACUCUCGCCCUUCAGGAUCUUCAAGACCCCCUCAACCUCGUUCACCUCUUCUCCACCCUCCCCACCAACCCCGUCCCCGGCAAGACCCUCGUCCCCGCCGAAGUAAUCGCCGAGUGCGGCCGUCUGAUCUCUGAAUGGAAAGUCUGGGCUAUCCGCACCAACUCCCUCCGCAAGAUCUUCCUCGGUGUCAAGGGCAUCUACUACGAGUGUGAGGUUCCCGGACAAGGCGGCGAGACUGUGAAUGUCAGGUGGUUGGAAGGACACGAGUUCCAGCAGCAUGUGCCUCACGAUGUCGAUUUCCGAAUCCUCCUCACUUUCUUGGAUCUUUACCGCACCAUGACUGGCUUUGUGCUCUACAAGCUCUACACUGAGGAGAACCUCGUCUACCCCCCUCCUCUUGAUGUCAGCCUCGACGAGCAAGGCGAGUCUGUCGGUGCUUUCAAGCUGGUGGAGAAGAAGAACAACGAAGGUGCUGAGGGUAAGGGUGUCUCUAAGAAGGCUGUCCGAAAGGCCAUCAAGGGCAUCAAGGCUUCUGGCGACGCCGAUGUCGCCAUGGACGAUGACGCCGAGUCUGACGACGAAGAGUCCGUCGAGGAAGACUUUGUUGAGCGCCCCAACAAGGACGCCGCCACCGACGUCGCCUCCGCCCCUCUCACCACAUACAACUCCCUCCUCGCCACCUCCUCCUCCUCCACCCUCCCCAAAAACCUCCUCUUCUCCCCCUACACCUUCUACCUCUCCCGAGAGACUUCUUCCCGUACUUGGGAAUUCGUCAUCCGCGCGAUGGGCGGCCGGGUCGUCACUUCCCUCUCUGCGCCUUCGCCCUCUGAAGCGCCCCAGGCGGACGCCAUCACGCACGUCAUCAUUGACAGGCCGAUAACGGCCGAGAGAAUGAGGGAGAUGGAAGGUGGUAGGAAGUGGAUUUGGGUCCAGCCCCAGUGGGUCGCCGAUGCUGUCAACAAGCACAAGAUCAUCUCCACCGAGGGCUACCACCCUGGACAAGAGCUUCCUCCUCAUCUGAGUCCUUGGGACGGGGAAGGCGAGCUUGACAGGCCGUGGUUGGAGAAGACUGAGGAAGGUGCCGAGGCUGAGGAGGAAGAGGAUGUGGAGCAGGAUGCGGAAGAGUCUGAUGACGAGGAUGAAAUCGUCGCGGAGUCUUCUAGCCCUUACCCCCCUGCUCUUCUCGCUGCUGCUCAAAACCCCUCCAACAGCACUUACCUCCACGCUGCCGAGCUCGAAGCCGAGGCCAACGGUGUCUCCCACGCCGACUUCCGCGCCCAGCUGAAGGAAGCUACCAAGCUGGCCAAGAAAUCUGGUGGUGAGAAGAAGGUUGCUGGUGGUAAGAAGGGCGAGGAGGACUUGAGGAAGAUCAUGAUGAGCAACAAAAAGUCAAAGCUCUACGAGAAGAUGCAGUACUCCAACAAGGAGAAGGCUGCUGAGAAGGAAAAUCUCGACAAGAAGAGGAAGGCUAUCGAGAAGCGCAAGGCCAAGGAGAGCAAGGCUUGA